AUGGAACACGUCACCCAGGCACGCGCGAGGAGCCUUCCUCCAUCACUUCCCUCUGCUCAAAAGGUCAUAGUCACGCCGGCCACUCAACAGCUUGUUUCCCGACCCUCAUCUCAGCCGCCUUCACAACCCAUUCAGGAGCCUUCGAAGCUCGGCAAGAAGAGAAGACUCUCCGAGUCAGAACCUCCGGAAGCAAAAUCUCAGCAGCAGUCCAAGAAGCCUCGCAAGCACGACGAAGCAUCGCCCAAGAAACCAGAUUCACGGGUAUCAGAGCAAUCUAGCCACCAAUCACCCCUGGAUGGAGCAGCGAAACCAAGCACCGCUCAGAGCAAAGGCUCGAAACAGGAACCUACUUCAACAAAAGCCCUGAAAGGAGAGCAAUCAUCCAAUACUGGCAAGCCAUCAAAAUCUCCUGCCGUAUCUACUUCCAGAGUUUCGAGAUCCUGGCCCUCAAGCGUCGGCAAGCCGAGAAUCAAGGGCUUGAGCAAUCCAAGCCAGUGGUGCUAUCGUCGCAGUGUGCUACAAAGUCUUAUCUCAACACCCCAACUCUUCAACCUUCUGAACGACUGUCACAACUCUUGUUCGAAGCAAGGCAGAUGCGUGACCUGCGCAAUGCGACAGCUGCUUAUAAGCUACCACACUUCGCCUGGUGGUGUCGGCAGUCAGUUGGGUGCUCUCGACAGCGCAAUCAGAGCGACUGGCAGAUCAAGUGAUCCUCGUUGGAGUGCCAUAGGCCAGACACAAGAAGACAGCCAUGAUUUCCUGCAAUAUCUGCUCAAUACGUUUGAGAAGGCCAAGGGAAUCGACAAGGACCAGUUUGCCUCUCUCUUUCGAAUCAAGCACAAGAUCUCCUGGGCCUGCAGUGACUGCAAGAAGACACACACGCACAGCGAUCCGCCUAGUGUUAGUCUGAGUGUUCCCAUCCCAGACCGACCGAGCGUGAGCCUUGCCGAUUGUCUGAACACCUACCACCGCGAACCCAACGUCACCAUCCGUUGCGACAAAUGCAAGAAGAAUACUAAGCGUACUCGAAUCUUCCAAAUUGAUAACGUUCCUGAGGUCCUACCCAUCCAACUUAUGCGUUUCGGUUUCGGCGCACGUGGGCCCACAAAGAACAAGAAGCACGUCGACUUCCCCGAGGAGCUCGACCUCUCGCCCUGGGUUGUAGACAAAUCUAAGGCCUCGAAAUACCGCCUGCAGGCUAUCGUCGCUCACUCGGGUUCCCUCAAGUUUGGUCACUACAUAGCCUACGUCAGGGGUGCUGAUGGCAUCAAGGAGAUCAGUGACUCCUCUGUCACCAACAGCAACGCGAAGGAGUGGAGGAGACCCACAUCCGGCUUCAAUCCUUACAUCUUGGUGUACAUCAAGCAAUGA